AUGGCAAACAACGACAAUACUGCCACCCCUAUCGGUGCGCAUGAACCGGCAUUAGUAGAAACAACGGUGCUUCAAAAUUUAUUAUCGCAAGAAACAAAAGUAGGAAGUGCUGGGGGUAUCGUCGCAACACAAUCCGCGAAAGCAACUGCGACCACCUCCAACAAUUCUCAAUCGACGACAGAUGGUCACGAGCUUGUGUUCACACCUCCUACUAUCGAGGAAUUCUCGUUACAAAGUACCACACAAGAUGGAGGUCCAUUAUCGCAACUUUCACAACUCUCACAAUUGGCUGCCGCACAAAUACCACUCGAAAGCAGUACUACUACAACACCUCCAAAAGCCAACGUCACCCUGAAUGCCAGUCAGAAGAGAACAGCAGAUGGUCAUGUAAAACCAAAAACUUCAAAUUCAAACUCAAAUUCGCCCAGUCCCAAAGCUCCACCACCUGUCCGAAGCCAUACUAGAAAUACAAGUACAGUCAGCAAUGUAUCUUCAGUCGCAACCAGAUUGGGAGAGCUAUCUUCCGAAUUACGAACCCGCCUUUCUUAUGCAAUGGUUAAAGUCAACAAUGGAUGGGAAUCAAAGUCAAUUAACGAAGUUGAAACUAUUGCAUCGCAGGCCGGAUCUCCAACAUCAUCAAAUUCAACCUUCAACGCCCGCAGAAACUUUCUUACCUCUCCUAGAGCAGCUAUAGCAAAUAUUCAAGGCCAGGGAUCUACGGACGUCUUUGGACAACGACCUACAGCUGAUUUUGACCUGUACGCGCGAACAGAACCACCUUCUAGAACCUAUGAAUCAUUCUGGCGUGAUCAUUCUACUGCCAAUGGAGCUCAUUCCUACAGACACAACUUAUAUAGCUCUUCAUAUCCACAAUCUAAAUCUCUCGCUCCUCCAGCUGAUAUACGACCGACUGCUUCAUCCAGGCGAUCAGAUUCAAAAUUUUCAAAACCGCCAUCCAUGCCAGGACAAUCAAGCGCCAACUCUCACCACUCUUUCAACAAUAAUUCUGCUCCACGAACACCGAAUACAACUGCUUAUAACCGUCCCGAGCAUGCCAUGACUUCUGUAAAUAAAACGAUACAAGAACAAGAUGCAAUCGCAACAUUAUUAUCCAUGGGUUCACCGGGUAACUCGCAAUCUAUGGAGCCUACCUUAACUCCUCCACAUGGAAGUCAAACAAGUCCUCGGCAUAGUCCUCUUCGGGCAGAAUUCAGUCUUCAAAGAGCCCAAAAUGGGAAGGGUAAAAUGGGACCUCAAACUCAACGCAGAGUGGAAUUUGCAGAAAGUGUUAGUAGUUGUGGAAGUGAAAAUGGAUAUCCAGCAGCGAGUCGUAGGAAAUCUGCCGUGAGAAAUAACCUCAAUGGUAGAAGGAUAACGGACAGAAUGCUAGAUGAAAUGGUUGAUGAGAGUAGUGAUGAAGAAGUUGAAUUAGCCGUGCCGCAGGGAAGACGUAUACCAGAACGUGUCUGA